AUGCCAUACUCACAACAUGGGUCCUCCAGCCAUGCGCAGAGGACUAGAGCGUCAUUCUCGUCUGCUCGAAGCAAUGCUACGUCUGCUACUCUGACAUCCUCAGUGAUCAUUGACCAUAAUAACUCAGAAUCGUAUGCUGGUGCUGCAUUUGAAGCAGUACCGAGCUCUAUUGUGUCCUUUCAUAGGCCGCACUCGUUCCAAUCAAGCCAUAUGAUGGGCUCGUCACUCAAUUCGAACAUGCUAGAACGCACUACAGGAGCCAUUCAUGAGACAGAACCAUUGUACCAAGGUAACGACCACUCUAGAAGUUCUUCUAAUAACAGAAAUUUCCGUUUCUUUACCGAUGAGCAAGUAAGCCAGGCUGAAGGUAUAGCUACUCUGGAGAAUACAGAUUAUGACAUCGAUUGGGAUGCUGCCCCAGCCUACGAACAAGAAAAUAGAGCGGGAUCCUAUAUGGGCUCACGUAGGUCCUCUAUACGCGAUAUAUCCCGAAGAUCUUCAUUGUCGACAUCGCCUUAUGGUAGUAUUGAUCACAGGGGUAGGUCGGCAUCGAAAAGUAGACCAAGGUACGAUCAAGUAUACCAGACAUCCACUCAUAGCUCUUCUAGUUUAUCCCGAUACUCAGUAAGAGAGAGGAUUCCAGUUGAAGUAGAAGACCAAGAUGAUAAUAGUCUUGAUGUCCAUUCAUCAGACCAAUCAUUGGCCAGCUCACAUUCAAAUACUAGCAAUUAUGGAGGAAAUGAAGGUAGUGUAAACCCCCAUGACGAUACUACACAGAGGAAAAGCCAAAACCAUCACGAAUUCUUGAAACCUCAGUAUCAUGACAAAUUUUACCCAGAGUUUAAAGCUGACAGACAUAUACAAAGGGCAUAUAUUAGUGAAGAAGACAUGGUAAUAGUUAUAGCAGGCUAUAAAACUUCCAAAUUUAUGUCUUUAGUAUACAAUUUAUUGUGCAUAUUUACACUUGGUGGGCUGUUUCUAAUAGGGAAGUGGCUACCUAAGUAUAAAGUACGGAUAGUCGGUAGGAAGGCUCCAUUGGCAAAGGCAGAAUGGUUGGUCUUGGAAAAUGAACACGGCGAGUUCACCAUUGAAGAACCAACGAGGGAAUGGUACAAUAGGACAUUAAGCACCAUCCUAAUGCUCGAUUCUAAAACUGAAACUGAAGAGUUUGAACAUGGAUUUCAGAGACACCACCAUACUAGCGAAGAGAAUCCCAAUUUACCCAUCUUGAUUUCAUUUCAGUACAGAUAUAUUAAGUUCGUAUACUCACCCUUGGACGACAUAUUUAAAACGAAUAAUAAUUGGGUGGAUUUUGAUUGGGUUGAUCUGGAAACAACCAGUAAAGGUUUAUCUUCGGGUAUUCAAGAGGAUAGAGUACUUGCUUUCGAUAAGAAUCAAAUCAAUUUAAAGAUGAAGACCACUUCUCAAAUUCUCUUUGAUGAGGUUUUACAUCCCUUUUACAUCUUUCAAGUCCUGUCUAUAAUCUUGUGGAGUUUAGAUGAGUAUUAUUAUUACGCAGGAUGUAUAUUUUUGAUAUCAUUGCUUUCAAUUCUUGAUACUCUUAUUGAAACCAAGAAAAUAUCUAGAACCUUAGCUGAGAUGUCCCACUUCAACUGCGAAGUCCGUGUUUUGCGUGAAGGGUUUUGGUCAAGCAUUCACUCUUCUGAACUUGUUCCUGGCGAUAUAUAUGAAAUAUCUGAUCCAAAUUUAAAUCUCCUGCCUUGCGAUUCUAUCUUGCUCUCCGGUGACUGUAUUGUCAACGAGUCAAUGCUUACCGGAGAGUCAGUUCCCGUAUCCAAAUAUCCGGCCUCAGAAGAAACUAUCUUACAACUAUUUGAUGAUUUUCAAAGCACACAGAUCUCAACAUUCCUUUCCAAAUCCUUUCUCUUUAAUGGAACAACUUUAAUCAGAGCUAAAAUACCCAAUGGUGGAUCUGUUGCAUUAGCCAUGGCAGUUAGAACAGGGUUUUCAACAACGAAAGGGUCUUUAAUAAGAUCGAUGGUGUUUCCAAAACCAUCUGGUUUUAAAUUUUACAGUGAUUCCUUCAAAUACAUUGGAUUUAUGGCAAUAAUUGCCUUUUUUGGAUUUUCGAUUAGUUGUAUCAACUUCAUUAAGCUGGGACUUGACAAGAGGACAAUGAUUUUAAGAGCUUUGGAUAUAAUUACAAUUGUUGUACCACCAGCACUGCCUGCUACAUUGACCAUAGGUACCAGUUUUGCUCUAAAUAGGUUAAAAGAAAAAGGAAUAUUUUGUAUUGCACCAACUCGUGUAAAUAUUGGUGGUAAAAUUGACGUUAUGUGUUUUGAUAAAACAGGAACAUUAACUGAAGAUGGUUUAGAUGUUUUAGGUGUUAGGGUAUCAUGUGCUGCUACAAGAAACAAAGCCUCUUUUAGUGACCUAAUAUCAGAUACUCAUGACAUCUUCCCAAAAUUCUCAUUGAAAGAUUGUAGUAACCCCGACGAUUAUAAGAGGAGAAAUUUCCUAAUUUCUUUAUUAACUUGUCAUUCUCUUCGGGUGGUAGAUGGUGAAUUAUUAGGUGAUCCUCUAGAUUUUAAAAUGUUUCAGUUUACUGGAUGGUCUUACGAGGAGGACUUCCAAAAUCAUCAAUUCCAUUCGCUGUAUGAAGAGCGCCAUGAGGGUCAGAAUUUCCCCGAAAACAAUGAUAUAAUACCAGCGAUUGUACAUCCGAAUGACUCAGAUGAAAGAAACAAAUUUGUACAGAACGAUCCUAACAAUAUUUUAGGUAUUAUAAGGAGUUUCGAAUUUCUUUCAGAAUUGAGAAGAAUGAGUGUUAUUGUGAAACCAAACAAUGAAAAUGUAUACUGGGCAUAUACAAAAGGUGCACCAGAAGUGAUUAUAGACAUAUGUAAUCCAGCCACACUUCCAUCUGACUAUGAUGAUAUCUUGAACUUCUAUACUCAUAGCGGAUACAGGGUUAUUGCUUGUGCAGGUAAAACACUUCCAAAAAAUACAUGGUUAUAUUCCCAAAAAGUACGCAGAGAAGAAGUUGAAUCUAAUAUGGAGUUUUUAGGUUUCAUUAUAUUCCAAAACAAAUUAAAAGAUGCUACUUCUCCAACUCUCUCCAAAUUGAAAACUGCCAAUAUUAGAACUGUAAUGUGUACCGGUGAUAACGUCUUAACAGCAAUAUCUGUAGGUAAGGAGUGCCAAUUAAUUACAGAGGAUCGUGUUUAUGUUCCAACUGUUGCAUAUAGUGAUAUGACUGUACAACCUGUCAUUCACUGGAAUGAAAUUUCAAAUGCUGAACAUAUACUAGAUACUUUUACCCUACAACCAAUAGAUGAUUAUUCAGGACCAUAUACCCUGGCUAUUACAGGUGAAGUCUUCAGAAUAAUUUUCAGCAAUCAAGAUAACUACUCUGAAGAGUAUGUAAAUGAGAUACUGCUAAAAGGUAGCAUAUUUGCAAGAAUGUCACCAGAUGAAAAGCAUGAGUUGGUGGAGCAGUUACAAAAAAUGGAUUACACUGUGGGCUUUUGUGGUGAUGGUGCCAAUGACUGUGGUGCACUGAAAGCUGCUGACGUAGGCAUUUCUCUGUCUGAAGCGGAGGCCUCUGUGGCAGCGCCAUUCACGUCUAAGAUUUUUGACAUAACCUGCGUCUUGGACGUUAUUAAGGAAGGUAGAGCGUCACUUGUUACAUCAUUUGCUUGUUUUCAAUACAUGAGUCUGUAUUCAGCUAUCCAAUUCAUUAGCAUCACAAUUUUAUACAGUAGAGGAUCAAACCUUGGUGAUUUUCAGUUUUUGUACAUCGAUCUUUUAUUGAUUAUUCCUAUUGCAGUGACAAUGUCUUGGUCAAAACCUUAUCACGAACUGGCAAAGAAAAGACCCUCUGCAAAUCUUGUUUCACCUAAGAUAUUGGUACCGUUGAUUUUGGAUAUCGUGUUUUUGUUUUUAUUUCAGUUCUUACCAUGGAUAUGGAUUCAAGGCAGGCCUUGGUAUAUCAAGCCUAUUGUUGGUGGUGAUGAUGCAGUGCAAUCAUCUGAUAAUACAGUAUUAUUCUACAUCUCUAACUUCCAAUAUAUCUUGACGUCAGUAGUCUUAUCAAUUGGGCCACCAUACAGGGAACCUGUCCACCACAAUGUCCAAUAUGUCAGAGAUAUAGCCCUAUCAGUUCUAGUAAGUUUUGUGAUAAUGCUAGUUAACCCCGAUAGUAAGUUAGGCAACUUAUUACAAUUGACUUCGAUCCCAACAGGGCUUAUUAUACUAAUUCCUAUAUGGUGUAUGUUAAAUUACUAUGUUCUGACUCAUGUCCCACCAAAAGUGAAGCAAUACUUCCGUAAACAGAGAAGUAGUAAGCUAUACAAGAAUAUAUUGAGAGACCAAUCUCAGCAGUAUGUAGUUUAA